AUGUUGGAUUCUGAAUCUGAAUCAAAUGUUGCAAGAAACUAUAACAAUGGAGUCCUUAAUACUAGUGAUCAAGGUGUUCAAAGUGACAAGUUUGAACAAAGAGGUCAAUCUUGGUAUGUUGUAACUGAUAUCCCAAGUGAUUUGAUAGUUCAAGUUGGUGAAAUUAGCUUCCAUUUACACAAGUUUCCCCUGCUUUCUAAAAGUGGGAAAAUGAACAGAAUUAUAUAUGAAUCAAGAGAAAAAGACUUGAAAAGGGUAUUCCUAGAUGAUUUACCGGGUGGGUCUGAAGCUUUUGGACUAGUUGCAAGAUUCUGCUACGGAAUCGACAUUGACUUGACUGCCAAUGUGAUUUCUGGCCUCCGGUGUGCUGCUGAAUACCUCGAGAUGACAGAGGAUUUCGAAGAAGGAAACUUGAUUUUCAAAACAGAAGCUUUUCUAAACUAUGUAGUUUUAUCUUCAUGGAAAGAUUCAAUAAUGGUGCUCAAAAGUUGCGAAAAGUUGUCUCCAUGGGUUGAAAAUCUUCAAAUUGUUAGAAGGUGUAGUGAAUCGGUUGCAUGGAAGGCCUGCACCGACCCCACUGGAGUUCGUUGGAAGUGCAGUGAAAACCAGAAAGAGUCGAGCCCAAAUAAGACCUCGGUGUUUUCUAAAUGGUGGUGUGAAGACAUUUCUGUUCUUAGAAUCGAUCAUUUUGUUCGUGUGAUUAGUGCAGUUAAAGUAAAAGGUAUGAAACAUGAGCUGAUGGGAGCUGCAAUCAUGCAUUAUGCUACGAAAUAUCUUCCAGGAAUGAUCGAGGAGAGUUCUUCUGGUUCGGUUGAAGAGGUUGCUAAUAAAUGGAAUGGUGGGCUGCAAAUGAUCAUAGCAGUGAAUAAAGGUAACCAUUGUUCGAGCCCAAAAGGGCAACGUCAACGAACAAUUAUCGAGAGCCUGAUAAGCAUAAUUCCACCACAAAAGGAUAGUGUUUCGUGCAGCUUUCUUCUCCGGUUAUUGAGAAUUGCAAACAUGGUUAACGUAUCACCAGCUUUGGUUACUGAACUCGAGAAACGGGUUGGGAUGCAGCUUGAACAAGCUACAUUGGUUGAUCUUUUGAUCCCUUCUUAUAACAGAAGUGAAACUAUGUAUGAUGUUGAUCUUGUUCAACGAAUUGUGGAGCAUUUUUUGAUUCAUGAACAGAUGGAAAUCUCGAGUCCUGGAAAGGAAUCAAUGGUCAAGAAUGAUGAAGAGACUCAAAGGGGUAAUGAAUCGAGUAAGAAACUGACAGUUGCGAAACUCGUGGAUAGUUAUCUUGCUGAAGUUUCACGUGACAAAAACCUUUCUUUAACAAAGUUUAAGGUCUUGGCAGAGGCAUUGCCAGAAUCGACAAGAAGUUGCGAGGAUGGCAUAUAUCGUGCCAUUGAUUCUUAUUUAAAGGCUCAUCCUAUGCUCUUGGAACAUGAAAGAAGGAGGCUAUGUCGAGUCAUGGACUGCCAAAAGCUCUCCAUGGAUGCGUGCACACAUGCUGCCCAAAACGAAAGGCUUCCUGUUAGAACCGUAGUGCAAGUCAUACUCUCUGAGCAAAUAAAGCUGAACAAUAUGUUAGCCAACGUUUCCUUCAAAGAAUCCGCUGAUCCACAACACCAACCCAUUAUUCAAAACAGAAAAACAUCACUAGAAGAAGCACCACAAUCGUUUCAAGCCGGAUGGGCAACUGCUAAAAAGGACAUUGACACACUCAAAUUUGAUCUAGAAACCGUGAAAACAAAGUACUUAGAGCUUCAACAUGAUGUGGAGGUUUUGCAGAGGCAAAAUGAAAAGGUAAUUAAGAUAAAACACCAAUCUGCAUGGUCGAGUGGAUGGAAGAAGCUAAGUAGGAUGACCAAGAUUACAACUAUUGAGAAUGGGGAAACUGGAUCGCAAAGUAACACAGAACCGGCCGUUAAAACACCAAGAAGGUGGAGGAAUUCGGUCUCAUGAAAAUCAACUCGAUAUGGUAUUUUUCGUCCCAAAACACUUUUCUAAGUUUGUUAGACUGUACCUCUUUUAUUAAGUCACUGAAAUAGUUAAAGUUGGUAAAAGUUUUGUGUUCUCAUUAUAAUAUAUAUUUCAUCUUCAGUAAUUUUAGAAGGAAAUAAACACAACUGUUUUUUUUA